CUUGCCACUAGAACGCGCUGCCGCACGGUCGGCAUCUGAGACAAGCCGCAUCUGUGCCAGAUAAAAGUUCACUUUUUUGCGCCUUUUUCUUCCGUUUUAUUUAUUUAUUUUUUUGUGGUAUUUUUUGUACAUUACGUGCGAUAGACAGUAAACGGAAUUUCUGAUUGAAUAAAUGAAACCGGCAGGUGUCCGAAGAACAUGUAGAAAAACUCAAAUGGUUUUGAUGUUUCCUGCUUUCACCUAUCUCUAUAUUUGUUAAUUGUGAUGAAGUGAAAACGAACUAGAAUUUUUGAAUAUCGUGUGUUAAUUCACAUGAAAAUAUUUCAAGAAUUCGCCGCAGCAGAAUUCACAGCAGGAGACACACUCUGGUUUCACCAGCUUUGAGAUAUGACAACAGUUUCCCACUUUGAGACGCCCCCAAUGGAGCCCAUGGAGUCCUCGGCCUCCUCAUCGCCAGAUCAAGCGCAGCCCCAGGAUAAUCUGCGCAUAUUUUUAAAGCAUUUGUAUGCUGAGUGCGUCUAUCGCUACCAGAACGACACAUACGACGAGGACUCUACGGUACCGGCAACAGACUAUGAGGUGGAGGUGCCGGAAAACUUCAGUCCGGUGCCACGAUAUCUGGAGAACGUCGUGCUCAACGAGGGCAGCAUUGAUAUGCAGAGUGUGGACGAAGCGUCGGCAGCCAAUAACGAGCUCUAUGCCACCAUCCUUACCGCCACAAUGGCAACGAAUCUGGAAGAGCACCAGAGGCAGCAGCAGCAGGCGAAUCUCGGCGACAAGAACACCACCAGCCUCUUUUGUCCUCUGAACUUCGAUGGAUAUCUCUGCUGGCCCCGCACCCCGGCUGGCACCGUAUUGAGUCAAUAUUGUCCCGAUUUCGUGGAGGGAUUCAGCAGAAGAUUUUUGGCCCACAAGACCUGCCUGGAGAACGGUUCGUGGUUCCGUCAUCCAGUGAGCAAUCUAACCUGGUCCAAUUAUACCAACUGUGUGGACUACGAGGACCUGGAGUUCCGUCAGUUCAUUAACGAGCUUUAUGUAAAGGGCUAUACCCUCUCCCUUCUGGCCCUUCUCAUAUCAAUCAUUAUAUUCCUGGGCUUCAAAUCCUUACGCUGCACCCGCAUUCGUAUUCAUGUCCAUUUGUUCGCCUCGCUGUCAUGCACUUGUGUGGCCUGGAUCCUUUGGUACCGUCUGGUGGUGGAAAGGCCCGAGUUCAUAGCCGAAAGCCCGCUCUGGUGCAUUGGUCUCCAUCUCGUCGUCCAUUACUUCAUGCUGGUCAACUAUUUCUGGAUGUUCUGUGAGGGUCUACACCUGCACUUGGUUCUCGUUGUGGUCUUUGUCAAGGACACGAUUGUUAUGCGCUGGUUCAAAAUCAUCAGCUGGCUCUCCCCGAUUCAUGUGGCGCUAGUCUAUGGCGCGGCACGGCACUACAGCAGCACGGACAAUGAACACUGCUGGAUCAAUGACAGCCUCUUUUUGUGGAUCUUCUCCGUGCCAAUAACUCUCUCUCUUCUGGCCAGCUUCAUCUUUCUCAUCAAUGUGCUGCGGGUAAUUGUAAGGAAGCUGCAUCCACAGUCAGCCCAGCCCGCUCCCCUGGCCAUCCGCAAGGCCGUGCGGGCCACUAUCAUUCUGGUGCCGCUUUUCGGACUGCAGCACUUCUUGCUACCCUACCGUCCUGAUGCCGGGACCCAACUGGAUCGAUUCUAUCAGCUGCUCUCCGUCGUCCUGGUCAGCUUACAGGGCUUCGUCGUCUCGUUCCUGUUUUGCUUCGCCAAUCACGAUGUCACAUUCGCCAUGCGCACGCUCCUCAACAAAUGGGUGCCCACUUUGGUGGCGGCACCGCCGGCUGGGAGUAAUACUGGACAAUUGGCCACAACCACGCCCAGCCGUGAACUGGGCGUGUAAGGUAUACCGGACUAGCAACAGCAUCCCAAGAGUCCGAGUCCAACGGAGUACCCCGGAGAUAAUGGCAGACCAGAGAUUUUGAGUUUUUAUGCUCAGGGUCUUGGAGAUUGUCAGAAAAUCGUUUGCCUCUUAGCAUUAUAAACGACUUGUCGCUUUCUUUCUAUCGCAAUCUUUCUGUUAUUGAAUAUCUGAAUCUAUCGUUUCUAAUAUCAUAAAACAGCAUUUAUUGUUUCAAUUUAAUCUUUCAAAUCUACUUUUUCCUAAAGUCUGAGAUAUGAUUAUAUUGAAGAAAGAUCUUUAAUAAUAAAUUUAAGAUCUAUUGAUUUUUCAUUUCAGCAUUUUUUGAUUCCCCUUUGAGUAAAAAGUAUUCGGGAAACAAGAAGUUGAUUGUCUUAUGUACCCAACCAAAUAUACCUAUAUCUUUGUAGAUGACUCAAAAGGUUCUCAUUCAAAACCAAUACGAUUUUAAAUCAUAUAAUAUGAUGCGUAAUACCAACCCAGAGAGGACCUACUUAGGCAAUUGCCAAGGGAUGCCUCUAAAAUACAUACGUACUCAAGUGUACCUCAAGAAACAAAUGCUAUCUUAUAAUUCUAUUAUAAACGAUAAAGAUAUAUGUACAUGUACACAAUGUUAUGUCACUGUAGUCGUGAUUUACUUAUGACAAAUAUAUCCACUUUAAAAACACAUACUCAAGCACUCUAACGUACUGAAUAAACUUACAGAGUUUAUCUAUCACCAAAAUGACUUUAACAGUUGGAGGAAGGGUAUUCUUUGGACGAAAUGAAGAAAAAUCUGUUUUUGGUAAUUAUUUUGUUCGUUCAUUUUUAUUUCAUUUUUUUUUUUUAGUUUUUCAUCGUUUAUAUUUUAGAUACCAUUGCUUGCCGGCGUUUUUGCUUUUUGUUUUUCAUUUGGAUUAUUUGUUCCUUUUUUGUUUAUGAUAGAGCAAAAGAGCGUUGAACAAAACUAAUACAUACAAUAAAAUACAAAUGGAAUAAUAAUUAUACAUACAUUUAUAUAAUUUAUACGUAUGAGUAUAGUAAAAUUUACGUUCUUCUUUCUUAAGAUUUCGAUUUGGUUUUUGUUUUGGUUUUUUGCAAUAUAAGUUAUAUAAUAAUAUGCAUCUAAAUUUGUUUGUCCCCUCUGUAUCCUUCCAAUUGUGUAACUGUGUUUCUUUUUGUUAGUUAGCUAUAUCUAUGGUAUAUACAUACAGAAAUAUGCGACUAUCCAUAGACCUUAGACCAUAUGUAAAUACUUUAAAUGAGAACUUUAGCUGAUGCUUUUUUGGGUGUUGGAUGUGUGAUUGUGUUGGAGGAGGAGGAGGUGGUAGUACAAAUAAGUCUCAAGUCCUACUCGUUGGCUACGAAUACAAUAUCGAAAUGUAUUAAUGAGGCAUAUACGUAAAUUAAUGUAAGUACAUAGAUAUACGGUAUGUGGUUAACUAAUUGGGUAAGUAUAAUAAAUAUGUGCUGGCCUCAGAUCUACACAAAAGUAUAUUUGGGGUUAUGCAUAUAGUAUGAUACGCUAUAGACAAUCAUAAUUAGCAUACAUAAUAAAAUAGACAAUAGAUAAUUAAGCUUGGAGUUUAGUUCUGUUGGUUUUUCCAUUUAUUUUGUGGAUGUUUCUGUUGCAUACGUAUCGUUUUUACAUAUAUGUUCUAUGAAUGGGGUUUGCUUAUAUAUGUGUGUAACGGUUUCCAAUUUUCUUAUGCACAAAAUUGGUUUAAAUAUUUUCGUCACUUUCGUUUUUCAUUAGUUUAUUUUAAACCUCUAUUCUUUGGGCGCGUUCCGUUGACUGGCGGCUACGUAUAUUUUUAACUUUAUUCCUGUUUUUUAUUUUCUCAACUUAUUGAUCAAAUUUUUGCAAAUUAUUCAACAUUUUUCUAUUCUGUUUUCGAUUUAAUUUUUCUUAUAUUUUACAUUGUAAGCAGUUCUACUACCUAUGAGGAGUUCCAGUUCCGUUAACUGCUCACACUGCUUAUGGGCCAAGCAGACAACUGCUCAUACCGCUUGGCCACAGUUUACCGUGUAGUUUUGCCUUUAGAGGGUAUUUGGUUUUGAAUUUUACUGAUUUUUUGUGCUUGCUUUGGCCUGUUCUCCUCUUGAUCUCUAUUUUCCCACAGUUAAAUCUUUUCCUAUAGACUAACUUGAACUUUUUGUUUUCGCUAAUCUACAUGCAAUUUUGUCACUGUGAAAAUGAACAAUAUACUUCCUCUUUCUGCUCCAUUAGCACAGAUUGUUAGAUUGUAUCAAUGAAAUCGCCUUACGUGACUAGAUUUUAGUGUAUAUCAAUAAAAAUGUUGGAAGUUAAUGUUUUGUUUAGAAUCGGGAGGCGUUGGUAAUAGCAAUUUUUUUCUCAUAUUUUUCUUUAUCUGCAUCUGAUUUUCUUUGAAAUUUCGUAGCUUCAAACUCUCUGACUUUGUAUUGCUCUUGUUUGGGGGGUAUUUCUCUAUCCAUAUAAGUAGACACUUAUGUAGGUAUGUAUAUAUGUAUAUAUAUAUAUAUAUAUUUCUAUAUGUAUAUAUAUAUAUAUAGUUUCAUAAAUAUGUAUUUGUUGUAUUUAACUUUUAAAUGCAUUUCAUGCUUAGUUGAUGAUUUUCAUUGUUGGGUUCGGUUUUAGGCAUGCCUUUUGCCGUUUCUUUUUCGCUCUAUUGUAGUUUUAUUAAAACUUAACUUGAAGAACAUCCAAAAUUCGACUGCGUGUUUUCAUGUUUGUAUAAUAAUGGAACCAAUAAACUGUACUUAUAUUCGUUAGUUAAUAAAUUUUUAGGUAAAUGGUAUAGAAAGCACUUAUGCAUGCAAACUCUGUGAAUGAAUGUGACCCGAGUCGCUGAGUUUCGAUUUGUACAUCUCCGUUCCGUUCACGUUUCCGUCGUGUCAAGUCCGGUUACAAGUCCAAGUCUGGGUCCUAGCUACUUCAGUAUUUGACUCGUGCCACAUUUUAAUAUUGCUUUUGUGAAUGACACACACUUUCACACGCAGAACCCUGAUCGGGGCUGCCUGCGAUGCGGCGGUUAAUAUUUGAGUAUACUUAUGGGUCAUAUUCGAUUAUCUCUUGAGUAAUCCACAUUGCUUAUACUGCUGAAUAUUGUAUUGAGUAUUAGGUAUCUAGUCACCGGGUGAGAGG